AUGUAAUUAUGCCCUUAAGUUGAUGACAAUGAGCCAAUUAUAUUGGGAAACAUAUCAGAAGAAUGGUAAUUCUUUUUAUAAGCCUGGAAACACAUUCCAAUCAAAGUAAAGUUGAUUUAUAAUCUUUAGUAUUAUUCAUUAUAAGUUGGCAGUGGUGUUGCAACUAAUAGAAGACUGCUAUAUAUCAAUCCUAAAAGAGAAGGAGUAUCUUAUUAGAUUAAAACAAAUAUGCCUCAUCUUAUUCAAAUAAAGAAUAAUUCUCUCAUUUUAUCCAAAGAUGAGGGUAUGUAUGUAAAAUUCACAAUUAUUCCGCCAUAAACUUCUUGUAAAAUAAAUGUUAAAUUUGUUAUUGAAGACAUUUUAACACAGCUACCUGUAGAAGGUAUAGAAAUGGAGAUAAAUGUUAAAAAUGUUUGA